GAACAAACCCAAUCUUCAUCCACUUUCCGGGGACUCGAACGUUUGUGCUUUCAUAACGCCUGAAAGGGUUUUCAUACCUUAUAUAACAGGGAAACUCGUUCAGCAUCAGACAGAAAUGACCGGCCUGAAGAGGGUUUUUUGUAAAAACCCGCGCUUGACAGAGCUUGUGCGAAAUGGGCUUUGUAGAUGUUUCCACGCUGAACACGUGAGGCUCGAGUCCAGUGGACUUCCCAUAAUUCAUCACAGCAAGUAUGUAUGCGAGCUCCCAGCCAACCACAGGUUUCCAAUGGGCAAGUUCCCUCGGGUUUUACACUUUUUGCUUAAAGACCAAGUUAUCACAGAAAAACAAGUGUGGGUCCCUGAAAUCGCCUCCAGAGAUCUGCUGAGCUGCGUGCACACGGAGGACUAUCUGAACAAGUUCCUAAGUGGGAAAACAAGUGAGCAAGAACAGAGGAGAACAGGCUUUCCCUGGAGUGAGGGCAUAGUCUCACGCUGUCGAUACGAAACGGGUGGGACCGUUCUGGCUGCUGAAGCUGCUCUGCAGAGAGGUCUGGCAUGCAGCACAGCAGGAGGAACCCAUCAUGCUUUUCCCGGCUACGGCUCAGGGUUUUGUCUGCUCAAUGACUUAGCGGUCGCAGCCAAGUAUUUGAAGGAAGACUGUCCCACCAAGAGAAAGAUUCUGAUCGUGGAUUUAGACGUACACCAGGGGGAUGGUACCGCUUUCAUAUUCAAAGAGGAGCCAGCUGUGUUUACAUUCUCUGUGCAUUGUGGGAAAAACUUCCCCCUCCGCAAACAAGAAAGCGACCUAGAUAUCAGCUUGGAGGAUGGGCUUGAAGACGAGGAGUACCUCUCCACUGUAGAAGCUUACCUGCCAUGGCUGCUGCAGACGUUUCGUCCAGACCUGGUUCUGUACGACGCAGGCGUCGAUCCCCACUGGGAAGAUGAACUUGGCAGACUUCAUCUUACCGACCAAGGUCAUCUUCUCGCCUUCUCAUACGGCAUUUCUUUACCUACAUGCGACUUGAAGUCCUUUAACAUCUCCCUAGGGCUCUACCGGAGAGACCUGUUUGUGAUGAAGACCACGGUGAAUCAAGGUGUUCCUAUUGCCACUGUUAUUGGUGGAGGAUACUCGAGAGACAUGGACAGACUGGCCCUCAGACACUCCAUCGUCCACAGAGCAGCCACUCAGGUUUGGAGGGAGUGUGGAAUGUAACAAUGUCUCCACUGAUGGAGCUCUGUCUCUGGACUGUUUCCAGGCUUCUGUGCACCAACACAUAGAAAUAAAAUAAAACAGCCAGGUUAUUGGGAAGAUGAGAACAAUAAAGAUCCACUUUGAUAUCA